AUGCAGGAGACAGGAUGCAUCAUAUGGAUUAUUUUCUCCUUGUGGGGAAGAGUUGAGUGUCAUAUGAGGAGUAUGCCUCAUGUUAUGAAGUACAAAACAGUCAUACCUCAGAAACUGGGAUCGCAGAAUGUCCACAACUCAGAAUUAAACCAGCAACUUCUGGACGUAAUGAGGUACUCCUUGUUAAUUGAGGCACAGAACUACACUCUUCACCUUAUGAGAAACAUAGAUCUUGUUGGGGGAAACUUUUCUGUAACACAUUACUCAGAGAAUGGCAUUGAAAUCACAACGUACCCAGACUUCACAAAUCACUGCUAUUAUCAUGGACAUGUGGUGGGAACUGCGGAUUCUUCUGUUAGUGUCAGCCUGUGCUCAGGAAUAAAUGGGUUUGUACGGCUUCAGGACCAGACGUACCUCAUUGAACCUCUGACAAAUUGGGACAAUGGCCCCACAUCAUCCCAGACUGACGAGGGUCUUCAUGCCGUUUACAACUACAAACACCUGAGGACCAAAAGAGGCACAUGUUCCCAUGGAAACACCACCACGUUCUACGAUCAUGGCGGCCAGCCGUCUGGAUUGUUCCAGCUUGGCAGUCUGAAAAGCAGAUCUCAUUCCAAAGGCAAAGGUAUUUCAAAACCAAGGAUUGUGGAACUAGUUGUGGUCAUCGACAACAAGGAGUAUAAAAAGAUUGGAAGUAAGAAGACUGUCGAGGCUCGUGUGCUGGAAGUUGUGAACCAUGUUGAUAAGCUUUAUAGACCCGUGGGUGUUCGUGUGAUGCUUGUAGGGAUGGAUAUCUGGUCUUACAAAGAUCAGAUAGAGGUCAGCACAUCUCCAGAGGUCACACUCAGCCGCUUUUUAGAGUGGCGCCAGCAAAGACUUCUGCCCAGAAUCCAGCAUGAUAACGCACAGUUUAUCACGGGCGUGGAUUUUGAUGGAACCACUGUCGGAUUAGCAAACACAAAUGCAAUGUGUACAUCAAAGUCUGGGGCUGUAAAUGAGGAUCACAACAGUAUCUCCAUCGGGGUGGCCUCAACAGUAGCACACGAGAUGGGUCACAACCUGGGUUUGUCCCACGAUCAUGAAAACUGUCUUUGUGGAUCAUCAACAUCAAAACAGGGCUGCAUCAUGUCUGAAAGUGUGGGUGUUGUUUAUCCAGAGCUGUUUAGUAGCUGCAGUCAACAACAACUUAGCAUGUUUCUGGAAGAGAUCAACCCUGAGUGUCUGCUUAAUAAGCCUUCGACGACUCGCAUAUAUGGAGGACCUGUUUGUGGAAAUGCUUUUCUUGAGGCUGGAGAGGAGUGUGACUGUGGCACUGCAGAGGAAUGUAAUAAUCCCUGCUGUAAUGCCACUACCUGCAAAUUGAAAGCAGGAGCGCAGUGUGCAGACGGAGCAUGCUGCCAUAAUUGCCAACUCAAAGCGACUGGCAGUUUAUGCCGUCCAAAAACAGGAGACUGUGACCUGGCGGAGUACUGCUCUGGACUGUCAGCUUCCUGUCCCACUGACGCCUACACUCAGAAUGGUCUGUCAUGCCAUCAUGGACAGGGUUAUUGCUACAAUGGUCAAUGUCCUUCAAGGAAACAACACUGCAAGAGACUCUGGGGACCAGAUGCUGAAGUAGCUGCCGAUGUCUGUUUCCACCGCAACGGAAAUUGUAAAAAGACUGUCUUUGGUCAGAGAUGUGCCGGCCAAGAUCAAUCAUGUGGCACACUAUUCUGCACUGGAGGCUGGGCAUUUCCAGUGACGUCAAAAAAGUAUUUUCUCAGCAUUGGGAAUAACAUGUGCAAUGAAGCAACGAUGAAUCCUGAAGACAACUACCCUGCUGACAUGGGCUUAAUUCCCACUGGAACAAAAUGUGGAAGCAACAUGGUUUGCUAUAAUCAAAGGUGCCAGGCUAUGAAAUAUAUCAAAGUGUACGGACCUAGUGACUGUUCAGACCAAUGCAAUAACCAUGGCGUGUGUAAUCAUGAGAGGAAGUGUCACUGUGACCCCGGAUGGGCCCCACCUUACUGUGAUGUGCAACAGACUGAGCUGCCUGAAGAGUCUCGUGUGGUCUUGACAGUUUCUUUGGCAGUGGGAGCACUUAUGUUGCUUGUAUUGGUCAUUGGGAGCUUGAUGUGUUGCGUCAAAAAGCACCAACCCAAAAAGAGAUGUAUCCAGUUGACCUCUGGCCAAACAAAUCCUACGUUUCGAUCAGGAAGUGUAAAAAACAGCCACUGUCAAGUGCAGAGAUCCUUCAUUAGUCCUCCAACAUUUGUGGAAUCUUCAUCCUCUCAACUUUCCAAACCUUUGUCCUAUGCUUCAUCUCGAGCAGCAACAACAACAGCAUUUCUACCCACAAGAGCAGCUCCAGAACCACCUAAGAAAGUUUUUAAUGGACCAGAAACAUCACAGUUUUUACAGAUUGUUAAACCUCCACCUAUUUCUACGAAGCCUGUUUAUUCUUGGACCAAACCACUUCCACCAUCCAGACCUCUUCCACCACUAGUUACCACAAAGCCAAAGCCCUCAGUGCCUCUUGUACAGUUGAAGCCCUGUUCACGUGAAUUGCCUCAUACUCAGUUGGUUUCUGGGAGAGUUGGUCUGAUGCCUCCAAACAGGCCCAGAUGA